CAGCCCGUCAGCAUCAAGGCCGCCAGGCAAGACCUGCUGGCAGUGCCACCAGACCUCACUUCUGCUGCAGCCAUGUACAGGGGUCCUGUCUACGCCUUGCAUGAUGUCUCUGAUAAAAUCCCCAUGACCAACUCUCCGAUCCUAGAUCCACUGCCUAACCUGAAGAUCAAGGUCUAUAACACGUCUGGCGCAGUGACCCCCCAGGACGAGCUCUCUGACUUCUCCUCCAAGCUGUCCCCGCAGAUUACCCAGUCGCUGCUGGAGAACGAGACCCUCAACAUGAAGAACCAGAGCCUUGCUCGACAGACAGACCCAUCUUGCACUGCCUUCGGGACCUUCAACUCCUUAGGGGGCCACUUAAUAAUUCCUGAUUCAGGAGUAAGCUUGCUGAUCCCGGCAGGGGCCGUUCCCCAAGGGCGAGUCUAUGAAAUGUAUGUGACAGUUCACAGGAAGGAGAACAUGAG